AUGGUUCAUGGUUCUGUUAACAAAGAUAGCCCCAAACGUUUCCCAGCCUGGCCACCAUAUGAAACACCAAUUUUGCCACCAUAUGGUCCACCCUCUUUGCCACCAUAUGGUCCACUCCUUCAGUCACCAUAUGGUCCACUCAUUCCGUCACCAUAUGGACCACUAGUUCCGUCACAAUAUGGACCAUUCGUUCCGUCACUAUAUGGUCCACUCCUUCCGUCACCAUAUGGACCACUAUUUCCGUCACCAUAUGGACCACUCGUUCCGUCACCAUAUGAUCCACUCGUUCCGUCACCAUAUGGACCACUAGUUCCGUCACCAUAUGGACCACUCGUUCCGUCACCAUAUGGACCACUCUUUCCCUCACAAUAUGGACCACUGAUUCCGCCACUAACUGGAACACCUGGUUUGUCAAUAAUUGUAUCACCAACUGUGCCAGUCCCUGUUCUGCCAUUUUGGCCCCCUCUCCAUCCUCCACAUCGUCCCUCUGAGAAACCUGAUGAGAAACUUGACGAGAAACCUGAAGAGAAACCUAUCGAGAAACCUGUCGAGAAACCUGAAGAGAAACCUGUCGAGAAACCACACGAAUAA